CCCAGCUCUCUUUUCCCAGAAAUUAUUGCUUCAUCUCGUAAUUUCAUUAAUGGCGUCGGUUAAACCAGGAAAGAGAGGUAUAGAGGUAGAAGAAGAAGGAGAAGGAAUAUAAGAGGGAGGAGAGAGCUAGACAGAGUAGCAGUACACUUUCUCUGUUUUGGUUUUCCCCAUUUGGAUGCUUCUCGCUUCACACAAACAUUCCUUUCUCAUAACCCUUUCCAUAUGUGUUCGAGCCAACUCAUCGGUCUUAUGGAAUUCUGAAUCCUGUGAAACCCUGCUGCCAUUAGUCCUUUGUGUUGUUGGAUUUGGGAGCUUGGUUUUUGGGUUCGAUUCAAAACCCUAUAGCGGGUUUUUGGGGGGGAAGGAGGCUUGGAGGAUCUCAUUGAUGAGAUUGUAAUCUGCUGCUGCGGGGGUUGUGACGGAGAUGACGGUUGAGGAGAAGAGGGGAGCCAUGGUGAGAGACGAAGGGCAUGGAGAUCAGUUCCCCAUUGGGAUGCGCGUGCUUGCGGUGGAUGACGAUCCAAUCUGCCUCAAGGUGCUGGAGACUCUGCUGCUUCGAUGCAAAUAUCACGUUACAACGACGAACCAGGCAAUCAAGGCUCUGAAUAUGUUGAGGGAGAACAAAGACAAGUUUGAUCUGGUUAUCAGCGAUGUUCAUAUGCCGGACAUGGACGGAUUUAAGCUUUUGGAGCUCGUGGGACUUGAAAUGGAUCUUCCUGUCAUAAUGUUAUCCGCUAAUGGUGAAACCAGUGCCGUCAUGAACGGGAUAACUCAUGGGGCCUGCGACUAUCUUCUCAAACCGGUUCGAAUUGAAGAGCUUAGAAAUAUUUGGCAGCACGUUGUGAGGAGGAGAAAGUUUGAUCACAAGGAACGUCAAAGCUUUGAUAACGGAGACGACCAGGAUAAACCUCAAUCUGCAAAUUCUGAAGGCACGCAGGCUGUUGGUGAAAAUGGACCAUUGGAUCUUAGUGGAAAAGUUAAUAGGAAGAGGAAGGACCAGAAUGAUGAAGAUGAAGACUACUGUGAGGAUAAUACUCAUGACAGUGAGGAUCCAUCGAGCCAGAAAAAGCCGAGGGUUGUUUGGUCUGUUGAGCUUCACCGCAAAUUUGUUGCUGCAGUAAACCAACUGGGAAUUGAUAAGGCUGUUCCUAAGAGGAUACUUGAUCUCAUGAAUGUUGACAAGCUUACGAGAGAAAAUGUAGCGAGCCAUUUGCAGAAGUAUAGACUCUACCUUAAAAGACUUAGUGCAGUGGCCAGCCAACAAGCUAGCAUGGCUGCUGUUUUAGGUGGAAGAGAUGCCUCUUACCUCCACAUGGCCUCUUUUAAUGGUUUUGGAACUUUUCAUGGUCUGUCAUCUUCAGCGCCACUCCAAGGCUUUGCACCAUUCCAACCAAAUGGAAUUUCAAGCAGACCAAACCCAAAUUUGUUGGGACUUCCAGGACUUGCUCCUGGAACUGUUCAAAUUCGUUCUCAAAAUACUACAAAUAAUCCCAUGAAUGAUCUCUCUAAGUUUCAGCACCUUCCUGUUCCUUCGAAUCAACACGAGAACUUACUUCAGGGCAUCCCCACAUCUUUGGAACUCGACCAACUCCAACAAAAACAAAAGCGGAUACAGGAAGCAAAUCACCGUUCGCCAGGCGUCUUCUCCGGCACAUCAAACAAUAAUUUCAUCAGUGCUGCAAACAGUUCUUUGUUAUUACCCUCCAUUGCGAUACCAUCCAUUGGAGCAGAUCGUCUUGAGAUGAGCAGCGGAUGCAAUGAAUCGUGGCAAAAUGCUCCUUCUUUGAGUGGAUACAAUGCCAACACUUUGUCCAUGGGAGGCCCUUAUGGUAAUGACUGUGUGGCUUCAAACAACAUGGGUGGAAAUCUAGCUUCGACAGUUCCUCCGUUCAAUGGAAACCCGAUGAAUAUUUCCUCUAACAACUUACUCGUGACGGCCGGGAAUGCGUUGCUUAUGCCUUCAGGAAUCGAAGUAGACCCCAAGUUCUUGAGUUUCCGAUGUUCUGCAAACCCUAAGCAAAGAUCGGAGGAUUCAGUACAACACAAUGAGAUUACAUUGAAUUCUUCCUUGACCUCCACUUUGCCGAAUCAGACUCUUCUCAACACUGUUGCUGAUACCCAGAGCUUGCAAGGUCGAAUUUAUAACAAAAAGGUGGAUUUAGGCAUGAUGAACCAGCCAAGUUUUGAUUCAUCUUUGACAUCGCAGCAUGCCAAGAUGAAUAAAACGAAUAUUGAAAGCCGGCUUUUUUUUAAUGAGGAAAAUCUGUUGGGGUCUUCUAAGAUGCAGGGUGGGUUUGCAUCUAGUAGUUGCAACUUUGAUGAGCUAAUGAAUGCAAUGAUCAAACCGGAGAGAGAUGACAUCAUAUUUGUGGAUGGAGAAAUAGGCUCUGAUCUCUUUCCUUUGAGCACUUGCAUGUGAAGGCCUCUCUUUUCCAGGUGAUGGAAUUGAAGUAUAAUUUCUCAACUUGAGAUGUUUCCUUCAUCAAAACUUUGAUGAUUUAAUGAUCUUAUCUUCAUAUUCUUCUUUGAUGUGUAUAGUCUUUAGAAAAUAGCUGCUAAAACUGUUCCAAGUUUUUUUCUUCUUUAAUGUCAUUAUUAAUUAGAAUUUUGUAUUUGGUUAGCUUUUAUCC